AUGAACGCCAGUCGACUUCAAAGUGAGCUGAAAAAGAAGGGGCCUUUCCAGUCGCCCGAGCAGGAGGCCAUCUUGAAUAUCCUGAGGACCAGCGACUUGUUUGAAAAUCGCCUCGGCCGCUUAUUCCGCGAAUAUGGGCUGACCUCGUCGCAGUACAACGUGCUGCGAAUUCUCCGCGGUGAAGGAAAGCCGCUCCCCUCGUUGGAAAUCGCCGACCGAAUGAUCCAAGUGGUCCCCGCCAUCACGGGCCUGAUCGACCGCUUGGAAAAGCAGAAGCUGGUGCGACGCGAACGAUGUGCGGAAGAUCGCCGGGUGGUUUACGUCGAAAUCACCGACAAGGCUUUAGAAACACUGAAGAAGCUGGACGCACCUUUAGAGGCCCUCCACAAGAGCCUCAUCGGGCAUCUUUCCCGCAAAGAUCUGAAGGAACUUAGUCGCCUGUUGGAGAAGGCGCGACUCGCCGAAUGA